AUGUGGGGGUCUCUUCUAAUAUAUCUGCCAGCCUCGCGUCACGCUGUCAGGAUCAGAUCAUCCGCCCGUCUCAACGACCAGCAUUUCGCCUGCAGCCCCGAUCCAAGCUUCGAUAGGACAUCACCGGCAGACCAGUCCAACCAUGCCACCCCUUCAACUCCAAGCAACCAGUCGCAGAGUGUCUGCAAAGUACCGAUCGAAGAAUCGCUCGAAGAAUGCAUCGAGCGCCUCGGUCGCGAACGGCCCCCGUGCUUUAGGACUGUCUGGCAUGAAGUCGGUUUCGUCUUCAGCAUUAUCAUGUCACAGUUCCUUACCGAGUUCUUCAGAGCUCGACAUCCCCAGGCCUCGAGCGUCUGGCCGGCUACAGCAUUUUUUCUCGUCGUUGCUAGCACCCUGCUCAUUUUCGGUCGGCUCGGCGAUAUGUGGGGUGCUUACCCUGUGUUUAUGAUCGGACUGGCAUGGUUUGUCGUUUGGACUAUCGUCUGCGGGUUCAGCAUAAACCCUCUGAUGCUCGACCUCUGCCGUGCCCUCCAGGGCCUUGGUGCCGCCGCUUUCUUACCCACUGGUGUACAACUGCUUGGAUCGCUUUACCGACCUGGGCCGCGGAAGAACCUCGUCUUUGCAAUCUAUGGUACUUCUGCCAUUUUUGGUUUCUUCGGUGGCAUCUUCGUUGCAGGUCUACUCAAACGCAAGCUGAGACAACCUUCGAUAACAUCGUCAAGAUAA